AUGUCAAAUGCCUAUCCAUUUUAUUCAUCAUCAUCAUCAUCAUUAUCAAUAACUAACAAUAUAAAUAAUGACAACAAUGACAAUGAUAUUAAAGAUCGAGAUUGGUUCGUGUUAAAUGAAAAAACUUUAAAUAAUGAUAAUAAUGACAAUAUAUACUUAGAACGUAAUGAACGUGGUACAGGUUUUUAUAUUGUUCGUAAUGGUGAUUAUAUUCUUCUUAUUCCUGAUUCGAAACAUCAUUUUACAAAAAAUAUGCGUCCUUAUAUUGGUCGUCGACGUUAG